AUGGACGAACUCCUACAGUCCAAGGGGUAUGAGGUUGAAAACACAAUUGGAGAGGGCACCUACUCCAAAGUGAAGAGGGCGUACUGCAAUACCCGUGGAAGACACGUGGCAAUUAAAAUAAUAGACACACGUAAGGGACCAAAAGAUUUUAUUUCUAGGUUUCUUCCACGCGAGCUGCAAAUCACUCAGAAGCUUGAUCACAAAAACAUCAUCAAGGUCUACGAAGUCUACAAAUCGGAGGAUGGCAAGAUCGGCCUCGUUAUGGAGCUGGCCGAGAGAGGAGACUUAUUCGAACACAUCAGCAAGGACGGGCCCCUAUCAGAACGCCAAGCCAAGGAUUUGUUUGGGCAGCUGGCCGAGUCCGUACGCCACUGCCAUGAAAACGGGGUCACGCACAGGGAUCUGAAAUGCGAGAACACCCUCCUGGACAAGAACUUCAGCCUAAAGCUGGCAGACUUUGGUUUUGCAAAGCUAGUCCCACCGAACAGCGAAGAACUGAGCGCCACAUUUUGUGGAAGCACGGCUUACGCCGCCCCAGAGGUUCUGAAGGGGUCACCACAUGACAGCAGGAAGAGUGACACAUGGAGCAUGGGCGUCGUUUUGUACGUCAUGCUGUCGGGGCAUCUUCCGUUUGAUGACACCAACAUUCCCAAGAUGCUUAGCCAACAAGAAAAGGGAAUCUCCCUCGAUCAUCUCCCUAACCACUCCCCAGACUGCAAGGAUCUCCUCUUGACAAUGCUGACGUACAACAUUCAACAACGUCCUUUUAUAGGCGGGAUCUGUUCCCAUAAAUGGUUGGAGGCCGAUUAAAUACUCACCACUUAAAAAUACUUACUUAAAAACAAUUACUAAGGUGCAGGUUUGGUCUCACAGACUAUAGCAGACUGAGAACAGUCAUAGAAAAUAAAGGACAAAAUGGCAAAAG